GGAGCGUGUUGCGUGCGUCCGUGCGUGCAGAAUUGCUGACAGGACGCACGCAGCUCACUGAAGUGUCUGCAGCCUCGCGCGCUUCACGUACAACACUGGACACGGGAAACCUGGAUUACCACCACGGCGAGGCCUCUCCAGUAGAGGGCAGCGCCACACCAAAGAGAGCACCAACCCCUGGUCCCAGGUCGGUGUGUGAGGUGAAGAUCACUCCUCUCUACAGGAUGAAGGGCUCUCCUGACCUCCUCCCUCCCUCAGAGCUGGACCCAAGCCGAGUGUGUAAGGGGAAGGGUGUGGUGACUCUGAGGGCCACUCUGGUGCACAUCGACGAUGAGGGCAGUGACCAGGCCAACGGCAUCACAGACACAGGGGCCUGGAGGGGGCAGAUUAAUGGAGAUGAGGCUAAAACAGGAUUGGCUGAAGGAGGCAUCAACAACAGCUCAGCAGAUUUACAGACGGUCAACAGCCUACAGCAGUGCCAGGUCAGUUCUCCAGACAGUGUGAAAGAGAACCAGGCCCCCCUCUCAGACUAUCACAGCUCAGGACACUCAGGACACUCAGGGUAUUCUGGGUACCCCUGCACCAGUGCAGUCAACCCCACCAUCGUCCUGCUGCAGCACAACAGAGAACAGCAAAGGCAUCUCUAUCACUCAGAAGAGCCGACCCCGGAGAGAGACAAGAGUCCGGACAGUGGUAGAGUUUCGGUGAGUCCUGUCCCGGAGAUGGAUGGGAAGAGGCUGCGACUGUCCCUCCAUUCACCCAUCCUGAGCCCCGUCAACAGGCCCAUUGUCCCUGUGCGGAACAUUGACAAGUCCAAAGACUGGUAUAAGAGCAUGUUCAAGCAAAUACACAAGAUCCCAGAGCGCACUGAGGAAAACCCUUACCGUCCCACCUACACUUUCCCCGAGAACUAUGAAAUUCAGGUCAAAUGCAAAGGUAUCCCGCGGCAACAUAAAGAUGAUGCCUCCACACCGUUUUCUUAUCUUGAGGAAGCCAGGACUGUCCCACGCUCUAAGAGUGACCAGCAGGUGGAGUCACGCAGUCGGACAAUGCCAGUGCCAACGCGCUCCUCAUCUCUCAACCCCACCAAACGGAACGAGUGGCAGCCUCCAGACAAAAAGGUAGACACCAGGAAGUACCGUGCCGAGCCAAAAAGCAUCUUCGAAUACGAGCCUGGCAAAUCCUCUGUUUUGAAACUGGAGAGAACGACUCAGGAUGUAAGCCCAGACGUCAUAGAUUUAGAGAAUGAGCCGUGGUAUAAGUUCUUUUCUGAAAUGGACUUUGACAAAGUGAGUGCCCCUUCAUUCACUCCCCUGGACAAAUCCUCCGAUCUGCCAUAUUCCUCCAGCAAAUCCGGCCUGAGCGAGGUGGAGCAGGACCGUGGCUCAUCCCCCACGGAGCCGGGAGCCCCAGAAUGCGACCGCCAUGUUUACAAGAGCGUUUUGGAGGGGGGCGACAUCCCACUGCAGGGUCUACGCGCCCUGAACAAGAGGCACCCAAGCUCCUCCUCCUCUAAAGACUCGUCUCCAGCUCACAGUGAGAACCAGGACGAUGUUUUACGGAAGAAACAGGGCGACAAAGAGAAAAUCCUGGAGGAGCAGCGGCGUUUGAAGCGGGAGCAGGAAGAGGCAGAUGCGGCGGCUCGGAGACACACCGGGAUCGUCCCAACGCGACACCAGUUUAUCACCAAUGAACGGUUCGGAGAUCUGCUCAACAUCACGGAUAACAGCGAGAAGAGGAAGUCCGGAGUGGAGAGAACUCCUGCCAUGGCCCGAUUUGACUUCAGAGCAGAAUCACUGAAGGAGUUGCCGUUUCAAAAGGGAGACAUCGUGUACAUCAUUCGUCAGGUGGAUCAGAACUGGUACGAAGGAGAGCACCAUGGACGAGUGGGCAUUUUCCCCCGAAGUUAUGUGGAGCUCCUCCCUCCGACAGAAAAGGCGCAGCCAAAGAAGAGUGCCCCCGUGCAGGUGUUGGAGUAUGGAGAGGCCAUCGCUCGCUUCAACUUCAGCGGAGACACUGUGGUGGAAAUGUCCUUCAGAAAAGGAGAGAGGAUCACCCUGAUUCGCAGAGUCGAUGAAAACUGGUAUGAGGGUAAGAUUGCAGGCACUAAUCGUCAGGGCAUCUUCCCCGUCACGUAUGUGGAGGUUCAUAAGAAACCCAGAGUCAAGAACGGAGUGGACUAUCCCGACCCCCCUGUGUGCCAGUCCCCCCAACGCAGCACCACAGCCUCUCCACAGCUUUACCGUAACCGCCUCACCACCUCCCCCCUGCCCCUUCCUCGCUCGCCCCGUCGCUCUGUCUCUCCUGAGGUCCACGCCAUCUCCUCCGAGUGGAUCUCCCUUACCAUCGGAGGGGGCAACAGUCCACCAGCUGCCCCCACCCCUCCCCUCCCCCCUCUGCCCAGUGCCUACUAUCGCCUGGGCGAGUAUCUCCCUCCUCCCUACUCUGCCAGCCCUAUCCCGCCUCUGAUUGGCAGUCCGUAUUAUAACUCCCCUAUGGCGUCUCCAUCGGCAUCACCCUUACCCCCACCCUAUCCGCCCCGCCCGGGAUCAGCCACCCCAUACCUCACCUUUACCCCUGCCCAAAGUGAGGAGUCUCCCCCCUCGCCUCAGCACCUGUCCCGCAGUGGCAGUCCCAGCGCUGGGCCUGUGUUGGAGGGGUGGCUCAAAGGGGGGGAUAAGGAGGUGGUGGAGGGGACGGAGGGGGCAGAUAGGGUGACUGGAGGCAAAUACAAAGGUCCAGCAGAGUUUUUGAAGAAUGAUAUUGAUGGUCGCACUUCCAGAAGCCCCGUGAUGCUCUACGACAUCCAGGAGAACAACAAUGUCAACUCUUUCGCGGAGGCAGUGUGCAAUGAGAUCUUGAACAUAGCAGAGACUUCGGUGCGGUACUGUAGCACCCUGUCGCACCCACACCCUCUUGACUGUCACCCAAAGGUGCUCCCCCACCCCAGUAAACAGUCUCUCAUCGUUUCCCAGCAGCCCCUGUCCCAAAGCAGCAGCCCGGAACCAGGACGGCUCAACUGUGGCCUGUUCCAGGCCUUGUACAGCUACGUCCCUCAGAAUGAAGACGAGCUGGAGCUCCAGGAGGGAGACCUGGUGAGCGUCAUGGAGAAAUGCGAUGAUGGCUGGUUUGUGGGUACCUCCAGAAGGACAAAACUGUUUGGGACUUUCCCAGGGAACUAUGUGAAGGAGGUGAAGCUCUAGAUCGGACUAUGUCACACACUGUUGCCUGUGGAGAAUUUGUGUCGCGCUUGGCCUUUGGUUAGAGUCCCGUUUGAACCAGGACUGUCCAUUUGUCUGGGAAAGUGACAGCCGGCCCGAGGUAUGUCCAGCUGCAGGAGGAGUGGGGGCGCUGUUGAGACGCACUGCCCAAAAAACCUCAAACUUCAAACCUCAACAUGGACUGUGAAACUCUGCCACACUCACUACAAAGCUUUGCUCUUGUCAGGAUCAUUACCUAGUGUUUACAGUUUUUUACCAACACAGUGUAAACGGGCAGAGGUCAGAGGUCAGCAGCAGAAAAUAGGGUUAAGGAGAGGACAUUUAAACUAAAUUGGAUUUUGAAUGAAAAACAUGUUUUAUACGAUGUGGAGUUGGAGCUACUCACCUGCUACCUUGCAGAGCCUGGGCUGAUUUAUAUUAAACUCUUGGUGUGUACUCAAUACUGCAUACAGUAUAGGUUUGUAGAUGUAAAACUAAAAAAGCCACUGUGUUGAGAAAAACAAUCCUAUAUAUUACAAAAAUAUAGAUUAUUAUAAACUAUUUAAACUACUUUGGAUAGAAAGCAUGUCUGUGUUUUAAAAGACAUUAAACCAUAAGUGACCAUGUUAAAAAUAAAUUGGUUUACACUGUAAUUUUGAGAAUAAGAAUAAGAAGUAAGUAACAUUUUUAUAUAUGUUGUCAUAUUAAGUAAAUGUACAAACUAUCAGAACUUUUCUUGAGAACUUAGGACUGUUGCCAUAGCGAUAAUCAAUUUGAAACAAAAUAUUGUAUCUUUUGAAUGAGAAAAGUCCUACAGAUGUUGUCGUAUGACAGUAAGCUGAAACCCAUGAAUAAGCACUGUGAACUAAAAUAUCUUCCAAAUUCCAGUCUGUCUAAUUCUGUUUAAGCGUUAUUUUUAUUUCCCAUAAUACUUUGCGUUAUAGUAGUGCCUAUGAGGUAGCCUUGUUUUGACCCUGGCUCUAUUCUAACCACAGGACAGGCGUGGUAGCACUUUACUUCCUGCCUGUUCAUUUUGAAAUGUUCCAUCUAAACAGAAAAUGAAUCAUUAAUGACUCUAAAGUAAAAAGAACAAUGGCUUUGACAAUUAUCUAAAGUGUGAUCUGAGCUAUGCCCAUGUUAACACUUGUAAAUGUGUACAGUGAAAUAAAGGACUUCAGAUAUAGGUGUAUUUUCAUAUAGAGAAGUGUAAUCAAAGCAGCAUGCAGUACAGGACCCUCAACCUAUACAACCUAUCCAUGGGCUUCAGAAUGAUGAGAAAUUAGGAUCGUCGUUAUAGCGAUUGGCAAUCUUUUGAAUGGAAGAAAGUCCACAAAAUGGUGCUGAAAUCCAUGAAUAGAUAGCCACAAAUAAGCUUUCCCUCUCCACACCGUUUCAGUAGUCCAAAAUACAAAACGCACUCAUUUAUCGGUGAAUUAGUUUAACAGUAAUUAACAGUUAUAAUAAUUAAACUACACCAGUAUAAGUCAACCAUUCUACUUGUAAUAACUAGUAUUGUGAUCAAAGUGAACACAGGAAAACACGUCAAAUAGGGUACUAGAGAUUCAAUUAAAGCUAGCCUAAUACAAUUAACCAACAACAUUCAUAUAUAAACUCAUUUUACAAACAUUUUAUAUAAAAAAUCUAAAAUGUCAAUUUAAUCCCAUGUUGACAAUAAACUGUUAAGCACAAAUGAUUUUAAUACAAUUAUUAAAUGUAUAUUGUUCACUAUUCGAUGCAGAAUAUUUCCUUACUUCCCUUCUAUAAUUGAUUUCAGUCAUGUUAAGCUAUAUUUCUUGGAACUAGUCCAGUGAUCUCACUAAAGCUAUGGUCCUCUCUCCUAAUCUCUCCAUUUCACUGUUGCAAAGUUCCUGACCAUCGUCCUGUGCUUUUUGACCUGCAUGUCAAGUAUGUAAACUAUUUCAGUUCAACUCAACCAGAAGGAAGCUGUGCAAAGAGAUAGAGUCCGAGUUGUCAAUCUUUCCCAGACAUUUCUAAUCAAACUGGUGCCAGUGACUAUCAGUGGGCCUUCCAUUUUAUGAUUGCCUUAUACAACACAAUGUGAAGUAUUCAAAAAAGCAGUAAUCAAUAGUAGGGCUAGGCAAUUAGUCAAAUUUGAAUUUUAUUGUCAAUGAUCAGAGUGGGUCUUAAAUCAACUACUCUACUGUCAAUCAUCUGUGAUUUUAGAUGAGAUGGUGUUUGCGGAACCACACCAGAAAAGUGCACCUUUAAAUGCCAAUUAUUUAAUAAAUUAAUUAAAAUUAAAAAAAAAUAACAAGAACAUUUUGCCUCAUAUUGCCCAGCCCUACUCAAUAGACACUAUACCACAGGUGUAUAUGUAUGUUUACUAUAAUAUCUUGGAGUAUUUUUGCAUCUGAAUGUUGUGCAGUGAAAACCACCACCUCAGUGAACCUGGAGACAAUGAAGUUUAAUGUAUUAGAGUCCAGUAGUGGUCAGUGUUUGCCUAUCUACACAUUGGUUUUGUUGCAGUGCAGAUCACUAGUGACAUUUUGCCAAUACACGCACUUCUAUGUUAUUUCAGAUUGAUGAAACGUUAAGACUCUUCACAGUGUGGUUGUGCCUGUCCAGGUGUGUUAUCAGAAUCAUACAAGUGUGUUUCUCAACCCAUUUAAUCCCACUAUUCUCACUGAGGCUCAUUAUAUUAAUAUCAAAUGAGAAAACAGAUAGUGGCUAAUAUCACAUAUCGUCUCCUAGAUUUAAAGAAGGCAAUGUAUAGUUUUGAAUCUCCAUUUUACAUGAGGAGGCAGUGUGGUAGCCCUGCACAAUUAUACCAAUAUAACAUUCUUUGAUUACAUUUUUAGUAUUGGUGAUGAGUUUUAUACAUGUCUAUAGAAUUGUUUUCAAAAUAUUAAAAGAAAAAAGUACGAGAUAUUUAAUAUAGCUUCAGAAAGUAAGUGUGAGUGUCUCUGCACUGUCCCGAACUAAAGGAUGGAUCAGAUAGAGAGGACAAAUGUUCUUAAAGGGAUAAUUUUAAUUACCUUUACUAAAUACUAAUGCACUUAUAAUAUUAUUAACGCUAUGUUCAUUUAACCCUGCACCUAAUUAUGUAAACUGUGUAAAGAAGUGAUUCCUUUAAUUGGGCUGGAUUAUUAGAGUUAGGGGAAGUUUAGGAUUAUACAUAUAUUUCUUAAUACAUGCAAUUGCCAUGUUUUGGGGCAGUACAAUAUAUGUUUUCUACACUGUACAUGACAAUCUUAGAAAAUACUCCACUUUUAUAUUAUAGAAUGGUUAAAUUAAUAGUACCUUCCUCCCAUGUUCUAAUUUGACCAGGUUGAGAGGGCAAUUUUUACAUAGCCUACAGGAAAUUGCCUAAUGAAGUAACUUUUUCUCCAUUUGUGGCAUUAAAUGGGUUGACUCUUUCUGCUUUAGUGAACAAAUUGUAGCUCAACAUCACCAACAUCAUCUCAAAUCACUUAUUGAUGCCUCUGUGAUUUCUGCUCUAUAAGAAUGAAUGUAUGAACUCUGAAUGUGGCAAAGUGUGUUCUAUCACAUUUGUAUAAAAAAUGUUUUGUCCUGAUUUUUGAAAAGUGGAAGUUUUGUUUUGUAAAUAUGUAAAAUAAUGAAAUUUUAACUGUGUGAUGGGACACGCCUCACGUCACUUGCAGUUUUUAUGAAGGAUUUUGGCAAAAGCACAGAGUGAAUGAUGCAUAACCAACAUCACGCUGCCAUUUUUAAAGUAAUGCCUUAUGUUUGAUGAAAAAUCGUGCCUCAUUGUCUUGUUUUUUUAAUAUCACUUAAAUGUAUUGUUUGGUUUUCCCUUAUUAUGUAGUCUCUGAUGGGAGAACGCUAACUAAAACUUGUGUGACACCACGAUAAUGCUUACCUGAUUAUUAUUAAUAAUCAGUAAUACUUUAGUGAUAAUGGGAAUGAAUAAGUUUGACGACACGCACAACCCGCAACAGGUUUGGUUUGUUUGCUUCAAUUUGCAGUGCUGUUACAUUGACAAUAUUAAAAUAAAAGUACUAUACACUG